AGCAUAAUUACCACGACGUCGACGACGACGCCUCGACCUCCACGUAAGUACACGUACUUAUUGAUGUUUUUUGGACAAAAGGUGCACAGUCGAAGCCUGGCAGCGAGUAAAGAGAGGGAAUCGAUCGGGUCGAGGCUCGAAGGAAGUGCAAGAGAGAGCGAGAGAGAGAGUACCAUUUCCGUGCGGCACGAAAGAAAGAGACUGACUAAACUCGUCGUCGACGACGCCACCGCCAUUUUAUUUGGUGCUCCCAACCGACAAAGAGCUACGUGGACCACGGCAACUCUCGGGACGAAACAUAAACAUCCACCCUUGGCGGUGGUUUGGUCGUCGUGUGUAUAAGGGCGUUCUUGGAUAAUACGCGGAGGCAAUGAGCAAGUUGUACCUUCACAGGGCCCAAGUUGCAGUUUCUCUCGCGGGCUUGUUAUAAAUCGCUCGGGAUUCUAGUGUUAAAUUACACACAGGAAUAAUUGUUUACUCGUUUUAUCGUCAAUUUUUGAAAUGUCCAGGUAUCCUUCAGACUGCAAAGUCUACGUUGGCGACCUCGGUAACAGCGCAACAAAACAGGAGUUGGAGGAUGCGUUCUCCUACUACGGGCCGUUAAAAAAUGUCUGGGUGGCGAGGAACCCCCCAGGUUUUGCAUUUGUCGAGUUUGAGGAUGCGCGUGAUGCCGAAGACGCGGUAAGAGGCCUCGACGGUCGGACGCUCUGCGGACGUAGAGCACGCGUUGAAAUUUCAAACGGCAAGAGGUCCAGGGACAGAGGAGGACCGCCCAGGCGUGCUGGAUCUAGUAGAUCCUUCCAUCCAGAGGACAGGUGCUACGAUUGUGGCGAGCGCGGACACUUUGCUCGCGAUUGCUCGAAACACAAGGGCGGCGGCACUCGCAAGCGCAGGUCUGUAUCAAGAUCGCGCUCAAGGUCACGCUCUCGCUCAAGGCAAAGAAGCAGGCGCUCUUAUUCGCGCUCUGGCUCGCGUAGCCGAUCUCGCAGCAGGAGCAAGAAUGGACGCUUGAGAUCUUUGAGUAAAUCUAAAUCUCCUAGAUCAAGAAGCCGUAGUCCACGCAGAUCAGGCACACCGCACUAGACAGCUUCACUUUGACAGCCACGAUAGAUUAUUUUCAUUCUGGGAUCAAAUUCAUCUUCCCCAUGACUGAGGGUACUUAGAUACCUCAAAACUAUACUGGUAUCAAUAAUAUUGUACCAACAAUUAUUUCAUGUACUACAAUUUAAUUUUUUUUUUUUUAGACAACUUUUAAACUAGAUUAAUCUUUUAAAUUGUAAUUAAUUUCGAAGUAACUACUUCGAAAUUAUAUUCGCUGAAUACUUAUGUUACAUUCGACAUAUAGGUGUAGUUAUAUCAAUUUGCAUCGCACUUUACAGUACUUUGAAUAAAUUCAAAUACGAAAAUGUCAUUCAUUUAGUUAAUGCGUAUCAAAAAAAAUAAAUUUAUAAUUAUCAAUUUCAAUGACAUAAUUCCUACGUUGUAAGUAAAUAUUGUUCCAAUAAAAUAGUAUUCUAAUACAGAAA